AUGGCCUCUCCAGGGAGGAAUAGCCCCCUGCAGCAAACCACCGAAAACAGCCGUACACUAGACCUCUCGCAUCUAACCUCUGAACAGCAGAUCCAACGGGACAAGAAGAUCAAAGCACUACAGGCCUCCAUCGCGGACCUCCACUCGCAAACCGCUCAACUUGAAGCUCAAAUCGCAGAAAUCAAAGCAAAGUUGAAACAUGAUCCCUCAACUACGGUGAAACGCCAUAUUCGUCUGCUCCAUGAGUACAACGAGAUCAAGGACAUCGGACAGGGUCUGAUGGGUCUCAUAGCUGACGCGCGUGGGAUGCGACAGGUCGAUGUGCAGAGUGAGUUUGGGGUGGGAGACCGAGAUUGA